AUGAUCACGGGUGACAACGGGUUCGCCUACGACCCAGAUCAAGAUAAAGAGGAGAAGCGCAAGGUGCGGAAAGACUACAGGAAAGAGAUUGAGGAUGCCGAACAGGAACGCGCAAAUAUCGCACAAAUAACCGUAGAUGCCCUACACGAACGCGUUCGCAGAGGAGAUUCGUUAUUUGCCCAUGUGAAGAAUCCGUCUGAAGCUAUUCUCGACUCUCAUAAUCUUCUCCUGACAUCCGACAUCGCAGCUCAAAAAGCGAAAGCCAUGCGUCAUGACGCGAACGCUUUUGACACAGACGAGUUCAUCAACAAGCUCGUGACACUCAUGAAAGGACGAGCAGGUGAAGAAGCUGAAGAAGACGAAGACGAAGAUGAGCAAGGUCCUCUAGACUGGGAGAUUGCUGGUUGGAGAGCUGUGAAGCGUACGCGCAGAGUGAUAGGAAUGGACUUCAUGUUGGGACCUCUGUCUGUGGAGCAAAAGAAGCGCGCGGUUCAAAAACGAGUACGCAUAGAACGGAACAAAGAAGACGAAACGCGGCCAAUUGAGCUGACAGAAGCUGACAUCGAACGUUCCGAGAAUGAGACGACCAGGAAUGUCCAGGACGUAUUCGAAGUGCUACACGCACAGACAGGAAGCACGAAUAUCUUUCGACUCGUGAUUAAUCCGCAUUCAUUUGCACAGUCCGUCGAAAAUGUCUUCUAUCUUUCCUUCAGCAUCCGCGAUGGCAAGGUUGCUCUUGAACAGGAUGAGGAAACGGGCGAGUUCUGUGUCUAUGCAUGCGAACCCCCGAAUGAAGAGGACUAUGCAGACCAGCUCAAGAAGAGUCAAGUCGUGCUCGAGCUUGAUAUGGAAACGUGGCAGGAGGCUAUUCACCUUCUGCACAUCACCGAGCCACUCAUUCCCACCCGAGCUGCCGCACGAACCCGCUUGGGUGACAAGUGGUAUGGCUGAGGGAGCCGUGGAUUGUUCAUCUAUUAUAAUAUUCAUUCUGGGACACUAGUUCUGCAUUUGUAUUAUCACAAUCACCAUGUACGAAGUAGCCAAGUCGCCCAUGCUUAAUGUCCGACAAACUGUGCAUUGCAUUCCGGCAAUGUGACGAUGCUUGAUCAUUAAAAACAUGUGCUAGAUACAGGGGACACUAGAAUGUUAGCAUUGGUCAUGUUCGGGUCAUACGAGCCGCAAGCUAAGCGAUGGCAAUCCGUGGUGUAUAUGGGAUAGCCACACUCAAGGCACACCUAGUUGAUUCAUGAUUGUCGGCGUCGUAAGCUCAGCCGGCGACCUAUGAAGUUCUGCAACCCAUGCUCCUUAUUCAGUAGUGUUCCCCUGACUCCUCGCUGCUUGCUCAGCAAUCCACCGACCCUGUGAUGACCUUCGCCGACAUUGUUCGGAAUGGUUUCGACAGCCGACAGGAGAGGAGUGUAUCCAACGCCGGUAGACUCCUCAAUAAUAGGGAACGCCGAUCGCUCCGGAGCAAUGGGGGAAGCUAAGAUGUCGUAAUCCUUCUCCUUCCGGUUGUUCCAGAUCGCUUUCGACUUUCGACCAA